GCCCCUUCCUCCUCCUCUAUCACGAGUGCCCAGGGCCGCUUUCGAAAGCUGGGGCGGUGAACUGCGGUGCAGGAUGAAGGUGCGGGCGGUAGCAUGGUGGUACUCGCUGCUGGCAGGUUUCAUCGUCUUUGUAUCGGCGCAGUUUGUGCCGCCGUAUACAGAAGAUUGCAGAAAAGGGAUGUAUCCACCAGCAGGCCCCACGUUCAAGGGACAUGUUCCAUGGUACAAGAUAAAUCUUGAUUCCACUCCACGUAAAAGAUGGAACCAAUUGAUUAAUGAUAAAAAAGUGGAGCUGACCAAUUUAAUCCAGGUAAUCAAGGACAUGGCAAUUGAUUUCUUUCCCAGUGGAAAAUUAAUUGAGCUUGUGGAUAAAGGUUUGGCUCCUCUUGUAGAUACACUUCCUUCUCCAUUUGAUGAAGAACUAAAGGGAAUUGCUGAUGUAUCUGGUGUGCCUUUGGGAGAAAUUAUGCUCUUUAAUAUCUUCUAUGAAGUGUUUACGGUGUGCACGUCACUUGUAGCUGAAGACAAAGCAGGGAAAUUGUAUCAUGCUAGAAAUCUGGAUUUUGGAUUAUUCCUUGGCUGGGAUAUAAAAAACAAUAGCUGGAUAAUUCCAGAAUAUCUUAAACCGCUAACAGUUAACCUAGAUUUCCAGAGGAACAAUAGAACUGUUUUUAAGUCUACUAAUUUUGUUGGAUACGUAGGAAUGUUGACUGGCAUGAAACCGGGAACGUUUACACUUACAAUGAAUGAACGUUUUAGCAUCGAUGGGGGAUAUAUUGGCAUCAUUGAAUGGAUCCUGGGUAAGAGGAGUGGUGUAUGGAUGAGUUUCCUCACCCGAUCAGUGCUGGAGAAUGCCACCAGUUACACACAAGCCAAAGACCAGUUAGCUAAUACGGAAAUGUUAGCUCCUGCAUAUUUCAUACUUGGUGGCAACCAGUCGGGUGAAGGUUGUGUAAUCACGCGCUCGAGGAAGGCUAGUCUCGAUAUCUGGGAACUUGACCUUAAACGUGGCAGAUGGUAUGUGUUGGAGACAAAUUAUGACCACUGGAAGGAGCCAUUGUUCCUGGACGAUCGCAGAACUCCUGCAAUGAAAUGCAUGAACCGAACAGCUCAGGCAAAAAUCUCUUUAGAAACUAUUUAUGACGUAUUGUCAACCAAACCAGUUCUCAACAAGUUGACUACAUACACCACUCUAAUGGAUGUGUCUGCAGGAACAUUUGAAUCAUAUCAACGUAACUGUCCAGACCCGUGUAUGCCUUGGUAGAACACUCCACAAGAUUGUAGAAUAGUAUUUCACUACUGUACCUGAAUGUUUACAGGAAAUUUGAACUGCGACAAAGAUGUUUUAAUUUAGUGUUAAUUUGUUGUAGUUAAAGCUAAUGAAUUUAACUUUGUCUUCAGAGUUUGUUAUAGAGAAUUUUUGUGUUGUCAAUUUGCCAUGAAAAAUGGCUUAUUAAUUCUUCUGUUUAAAGUAGCAAACUUGGUUAUUUGUAAAAUCACCACUUGCCUCUGUUUUAAUAAAGAUCUUUGUUAAA